GAUACGAUCAGACUACACUUAGCGCUACAACAGAUCGGGCGAAUCGAAAAUCACAUUCAAUAUUGAAUUAAGGUUGAUCCAGUCAGCUGCACACUCUAUGUUGAAAACUAAGACGGCAGACAUCGCCGCACCGACACUCAACAGUUUAACGGUGUGCUUCGAACAGCGCAGACCGACGAACGUAUAAUUAAAAGGCUUUGGCUCGCGGUAUUACCGCCUGAAAUAAACACAAAGUUUUUCACUAAAAACUUUUUAAUACUAUGAUAUAUUAAUUCAAGUAAAUAGUGUUGCAAUUACAAUAAUCAAAAUGAUGAUGGCCAGUGCGAAAUUGGUAAGAGACUGUAGUUCAGAACUGAGCUCAGAAGUGCGCUCCUUGUCGGUGUCAUCUUCUACCGAAGAACAGGAGUCGACCACCACCGAGUCAGAAUAUUCCGAGGAAGAGAAGGAAUAUGAGUUGGAGGAUCUUCAAAUUCUCAAAACAAUCGGCACGGGUACAUUUGGCCGCGUGUGUCUCUGUCGGGACAAAGCAGCGGACGAGUACUUGGCUAUGAAGAUCCUGUCGAUGGCUGAUGUGAUACGCUUAAAACAAGUUGACCAUGUUAUGAAUGAAAAAAAUAUACUGUCCGAGAUCAAUCACCCAUUUAUAGUUAAUUUACGAUGGUGGACGCACGACGACUCCUGUAUCUAUAUGCUGUUUGACUACGUGUGUGGAGGAGAACUGUUUUCCUACCUAAGGAAUGCCGGAAGAUUUAGUAAUAACAUAGCCAACUUUUACGCGGCAGAAAUAGUAUCAGCACUAGAAUACCUCCACGCGCGUAAUAUUGUCUAUCGGGAUCUAAAACCGGAGAACCUUCUCUUGGCGAAGGAUGGCCACAUGAAGAUCACUGACUUCGGUUUUGCUAAGAAACUGACAGAUCGAACAUGGACCUUAUGCGGCACUCCAGAGUAUCUCGCGCCUGAAAUUAUUCAGAGCAAAGGACAUAAUAAGGCUGUGGACUGGUGGGCCCUUGGCGUUUUAGUUUACGAAAUGCUUGUUGGAUACCCGCCUUUCUACGAUGAUAAUCCAUUUGGUAUUUACGAAAAGAUUCUAAAUGGCAGAGUUGAUUGGCCUCGACACCUCGACCCUGUUGCCAAGGACAUGAUCAAGAAACUCUUAAUUCAGGACAGAACUAAAAGACUUGGGAACAUGAAGUCGGGCUCUGAAGAUGUUAAACGGCACAGGUGGUUCAAGCAUUUAGACUGGGCUGAUGUUUUCUUGAAGAAACUUCAGCCUCCGAUAGUGCCAUCUGUAUCGUACGAGGGAGAUACAUCCAACUUCGAUGAAUACCCAGAAACUGAUUGGAAAGCAGUAAGGUCGCUAGACCCAGAUGAAUUGAAACUGUUCGUCAACUUUUGAUACCGCCUUCGUUUGGCCAAUUUUAAUUUAAAACAGUUGGUUUGUAAGGUUCAAUGACUGAGAAAAUGUUAUUUAUUUAAGUCAUAUAAAAUUAUUGAUCUGAUUUUGAAACAAUCAAUUAAUUGUACUACACGAUGUUGUUAUAUUUUCGUAAUUAAUUGCCAAAAAAUUGUUUCAAGUUAUAAUUAAUAAUAUAAUAAUAAUUAUUAAGGCUUUAUUGAAAUGUUAAAUUAACAGAGGAUGUGUAAUUUAUUUAAUAGUUCCUCAAAAUUAUUGUAUUUAAAAAUAUUUAUCUUUUUAAUACACGGCAGUAUUUUUUAAUGUAAGCCAAAUCAAAAACAUUAUUUGACAAGCUACGUAGCUCUCAAAGUUUCUGUACCAUACAUUUUUAUAUGUAAAAUUAGUCUAAUAAACGGCUAGGGAUUUCUUCUGUUCUUCACAUUUAAACAUUUAACUUUAACGCUAUCAAAUUAACGGCAUCGUAUAGAAUUUUAAGUUUUUGUCAAUGCUUUCUCUAUUGCUAAAAAAAUUUCCCCAGGGUUAGAUUUUCGUCCGAUUGUAACUGUUUCUGUAUGCUUUGCGUCCAUUAUUUUGUCAGAUCGUUUAACAACUCGUAUAAAAUAUUGAAAAUAUACAAUUAACAUUAAUUAAGAUGGUAAGCCCCCCACAAGAUGGACCGAUGAUCUGGUCAAGAUCUCCGGAAUAGGUUCGAUGAGGGCGAUGUUUGGGGGAAGCCUUUAUCCAGCAGAGGACUGUCAAACUGACGAUGAACAAUCAUUAAUAUUUGAAAAUAACUACAGUAGCUUGUUUGAAAAUAUAUUUUAUACAGAAACAUAUAAAACACUGCGUUUAUAUUUGUAUAUAAUAUCUACAAACUGCUCAAAUGCAAAAUUUUAAAUCUCACCAAAUAUCUCUAAAUUAUUGUGUUUCGGUCUGAAGGGCGCCGUAGCUAGUGGAAUUACUGGGCAGAUGAGACUUGACAACUUAUGUCUCAAGAUGACCAGUCCAGUUGUAGUGCCGAAUUUUUGGGUUUUUCAAUAAUCCUGAGCGGCACUGCAUUGUAAUGGGCAGAUCGUAUCAAUUACCAUCAGCUGAACGUCCUGCUCGUCUCAUCCCUUAUUUUCAUAAAUAUUUUCAUAAAAAUAUAUAGUUAGGUAUAUUAUUCUGGCAGGUAUUAUUUAGCAUAAAUUAUUAUUAUAGUCUGUAAUAUCUUUGAUUUUGUGGAUAAUAAUAGCAUUAGAAAAUGAUAGAGUAUAGUAGGGUAUGUAAGUACUUUCAGAAUGCUUGUAGAACCUAAUAAUCUGCGGGCUUUUUAUUUAUUGUUAGCAUUUAACAUAAUUUUCUUAAUCACCCAUUUCGGGGGAAUAAGUAUGAGUAUAGAUCUUAGAUUAAGGAUUGGACUGCGCUGCUCUACAACUAGAUAUUUUUUUCAAAUUCAAAUUCAAAUAUUUUUAUUCAAAAUAGGAUGUGAAAUCACUUAUUGAAAGUCAAAAAACUACAACCCAUUCCAAAAUGAAUGCCUCAGGCCUAAGAAGAAUGGGCGCAACAAACUCGGCGGGCUUUUUUUUUAUCAAAAAUAUGUUUUACAAUUAAAGUAACAUUUACAAAGUAACAAAGUAACAUUGUACAAUAAAACUUAUUAUUUAAUAGCCUGAGGGCGGUCGCUCCAUUCCCAAUCUGUGGUAUCAUUAAGAAAGUCAUUUAUGUUAUAGUAACCUUUACCACACAAACGUUUUUUAACAAUUCUUUUGAAUAACGUAAUACUUUUGCUUUGAAUAGUUUCUGGGAUCCUGUUGUAAAAGCAUAUACAUCGCCCCACAAAAGAUUUGCUAACUCGCCUAGUCGAGUAGUAGGCAUUAUUAGCUUAUGUCUGUUCCUGGUGUUAACAUUAUGGUUAUGACAGUUUCUGGCAAAUUCACUUAUGUCCCUAUGAAAAAACAUUACAUUAUCAAGAAUAUAUUGAGAAGCAACAGUCAAGAUGUUAAUUUCUUUGAAUUUUGGUCUCAAUGAUUCCUUAGGGCCUAGGUUAUAAAUAGCGCGUUUAGCCCUCUUCUGCAGCACAAAUAUUGUAUUAAUGUCGGCAGCGCUGCCCCACAGAAAUAUACCGCACAACCUUAGAACAAUAGCUUUUUAAUUACUUCAACUAUUCGAUGCGUGGCAUCUUUCAAAUUCUGUAACAUACGCUUCGUAUUAGAUACGUGGCAUCUUGACACUCAGUGGCAUCUUUCAAAUUCUGUAUAUGUUACAGAUUCGUGUUAUUUUACACUGAAAUAAGUAAAAUACAUAAAACUUACUGAUGAUAUGUGAUCUCAGUGUGUUUCUUAUUUCUUGUAGUAUUCUGUUUACAAAGUUUUACUACGCAACCCGUAAAUUUAGUUUCAAUUAUUAGCAAAGUUUAACAGAACAUGUGGCACGUCAACGUCAAACAUUUUUCAAAACUGGCUCAUGUACGUCCUUGGGCGUAGUAUUAGUUGCCACACUUUGCGAUUACGCCUGCAGUAUCUAGUUGGAGCGCAGCGGAGACCAAUCCUUAAUAUAAGAGUUUAGAUUUUACUUUAUUUAAAGUCUUAGCCAUGUUAUUGUGAUUGCUGUGAUCUUAUUAGUCAAAUGAGAACUCUGUAUGUUAAUACAUAAUGUUUUAUUUGCUUAUGCAUUUGUUUGCUUAUGCAAUCUUAAGAGUUGUAUAGGUAUACGGUGUUAAUGUAAGAUGUAUUCAAUGUAUAUAAACAGGGUUUUCAGUACUUAAUAAUUGUUAGUUUGUAAUAAAUGGUGUAAAUAUUUAUUAAAAUAAAUUAACUAUAUUUUG